GCGCCAACGUAACUGUCACGUAGUGCCAACCACCGUACUUUUUUUUUAAACAUCAACACAAACUUUUUAUAAAAUUGUCAAAAAAAAAAUGAUUUUCGUGGUUGAAGCUGUGAUAACCGAUUGUGUGAGUUUCAAAACUGAGUGAAAGUAACUAUUUGUGCGAUUAAAUUGUUUUGAGUUACAUAACCUCUAAAAAUUAACCCUACUUUUUUGUGCAAGAUGUUGCAAACCGGACGACAACUCCGCAGGCUUUGUGCCGCCGCACAAAGUUUGUCUUUGAAUCCGCCGACUUUACUGACCCGAAGGGGCUUAAAAUUGCAGCAACACAGGUUCAAAAAGAACGACAGUACGAUAUCGCAGUUGUUCGUUCCGGUGCCUGUGAAGCCCAGUCCCGACGAUAUUAACGUGGGGGCUGAACUCACCGGCUCUUUAAACAAAGCCGACUUGCUUAAAGUGUUGAAUAAGUUUUACCAGAAGAAGGAAAUCAAGCAGUUGCUUUCAGAAAAUGGACUUGACAAUUAUUUGCAACACCAGGCGUACGUUAGCUUUCGACGUUAUUGUCUAGAAGCGCAAAAUCUGCCUGUGGACCUCCACGUUGUGAUAAGCGAUAUUUUACAAGGCGCGGGAAAUGUUACUGAUAUUUUUCCCUAUUUCUUGCGCCACUCCAAACAGAUGUUUCCGCAUUUGGAAUGUAUGGACGACUUGAAAAAGAUAUCGGAUUUGAGGACCCCGGCGAAUUGGUAUCCUGAAGCGAGGGCUCUUAAUCGGAAGGUGGUUUUUCAUGCAGGUCCUACUAAUUCAGGGAAGACUUAUCAUGCGCUUGAAAGUUUUAUUACGGCGAAGUCUGGUGUUUAUUGCGGGCCUUUGAAGUUACUGGCGGCUGAAGUCUUCAAUAAAACAAAUGCUAGAGGUACUCCAUGUGAUUUAGUAACGGGAGAAGAAAGGAGGUUUGCGGAUCCUUCUGGAACUUCGUCGUCGCAUGUGGCUUGUACUGUUGAAAUGACUUCCGUAAAUACUCCAUACGAAGUUGCCGUAAUCGACGAAAUCCAAAUGGUAAAAGACCCUCAAAGAGGUUGGGCAUGGAGUCGAGCAUUCCUCGGCUUGAUGGCCGAAGAAAUCCACCUAUGUGGUGAGGCAGGCGCCAUCGACCUAAUCAGCCAACUCUGCCUCACCACAAACGAAGACAUGGAAGUGAGACACUAUAAAAGACUGACUGAAUUACAUAUCGAAGAUUCAGCUUUAGGUAGUUUAGACAAUGUAAUGCCCGGCGACUGUAUCGUAUGCUUCAGCAAAAACGACAUUUACUCAGUAUCCAGAGGCAUAGAGGCCACCGGUAAAGAAGUGGCCGUAAUUUACGGGGGCCUACCACCCGGGACGAAAUUAGCACAGGCGGCAAAAUUCAACGACCCCGACAACAGCUGCAAAAUUUUAGUAGCCACAGACGCAAUCGGAAUGGGGCUGAAUUUGAGUAUACGGAGGAUUAUUUUUUACUCUUUGAUUAAACCGACCAUGAAUGAGAAAGGUGAGAAAGAAAUGGACACGAUAUCAGUGUCUGCAGCUUUACAAAUCGCUGGAAGGGCAGGCAGAUAUGGAACUCAGUGGGAAAAAGGUUCCGUCACUACGUUCAAACCUGAAGAUUUAAAAACCCUGCGUACGUUGUUAGAGUCACCUCCUGAACCCAUAGUUCAGGCUGGUUUACACCCAACUGCCGAACAAAUCGAGCUUUAUGCGUACCAUUUACCGAAUUCGACCCUCAGUAACUUGAUGGAUAUUUUCGUCAAUCUGUCAACUGUAGACGACUCUUUAUACUUUAUGUGUAACGUGGACGAUUUUAAAUUUUUGGCCGACAUGAUUCAGCAUGUGCCUCUACCUUUACGUGCCCGCUACGUCUUCUGUUGCGCCCCUAUUAGUAAAAAAAUGCCGUUCGUUUGCACCAUGUUCCUUAAAUUUACUAGGCAGUAUAGCAAGAACGAGGCAAUCACGUUUGAUUGGCUCUGUCGUAACAUCGGGUGGCCUUUGCAGCCCCCUAAGACAAUCAUCGAUUUGGUUCAUUUAGAGGCCGUGUUCGACGUGCUCGACUUGUAUUUAUGGCUGAGUUAUCGUUUCAUGGAUUUGUUUAACGAGCCCGAUUUGGUGCGCGAUAUGCAGAAGGAGUUAGAUGUGAUAAUUCAGCAGGGGGUGAUCCAGUUAACUAGGUUGUUGCGGAAUUCGGAGACUGGGGUUAGUUCGGGGGCUCGGGCCGCCGACGAGGAUGAGUUUGCGCUGAACAGACAAAAACAGUCGUAUUUAAGAGAACCAAAGUCUUUGAUAGGCAGAGGUAGAUUAACUGAACGACUCUUAGCGCAGGGGAUUUUGACACCAAACAUGUUGCACGAGUUGAAGAAGGAAUGGAACAGAGACGGCGACGGCGACGACGACGGCAACGAGCCGAAGAAGACGAGAAGAAAACGAAAAACGAAAUAGGAAUGUCGGUUUUACAUGUUUCUAAAAAUUUUAUUUUUACAAACAUUUAUCUAUACUAGAAAAGAAAAUUGUACAUUUAUUUGUGCUUAAGUGGUGAUCGUUCGUGACGUCAUUCCUGGAGGUCAGUACAGUUUGUUAUUUAAGCCACUGUUAUAAUGAAAUAUAAAAAUAGAUACAAAAACAUGA